AUGAAGAGUGAUGAGCAAUGUAUUCUGGAUAUUGCUUGCUUAAGAAGAUCGUCCAUUCCUUAUAUGUAUCCUAGCCCAGCACCAAAAAGACCUAGAGCAGACUCAGAAAGUGUUUGUGGGUCUUCUAAAACUGAUAAAAAAACAGCAUAUGAGCGAAUCCGUAUGAAGAGAAAUUUAUUACUCCAUUCUUUGCCUCAAUUCAUGAAACAUUCUGAAGAUCAGGCAAAAAAAACCCAACGAAAUCUUGGUAUAGAGCAAUAUCUUCAGAAUUUGCCAGCUCUUAAUACUAAAAAAUUUGGGUCAACUUUGACUGCCCCAAUGAUAAUUUCGACUGAGCCGGGGUCUGCAAGUUCAUUGGAUAGAAAUUCACUUUAUGAAGAGUUAUGCUUUUUAAUCAUGUCUUGCCAAUAAAAAAUGUAUAGUUUAAAACUGGGCUGUUUAUAGGAAAAUACCAUAUCAGCAGAACCUCUCACUAGCCCUAAAGAUCCUGUUUUUCAUAUAAAGCAUAUCACUUUGACACGUGAAGAUUUACAUUCGUUAUGCAGCGGAAAAAAUUUAACGAAAAAUAUAGUCAACUGCUACAUGUGGGCUAUGAAGCAAGAAAACAGAAAUAUGUUAAUACUGAAGAACGACGCCAAUAAAGUUGUAUUAGGAAGCACUAAAUUUGCGAAAAAAAUCCUCUAUCAAAAACCAAAUGCAGAUGAGUUCCAUUCUUCUUGCAAUUUAUUUACUUAUGAGUAAUAGCUAUUUAGCUUUUUGCUUUUACCUAUUCAUGAAGUCUACUGAGGACUAUUAAAGGUAGAUAUGACUGAAAAUAUUGUGGAGCUUUGCACAUCAUAUGAUUUCAAAAAAGUUGAAGAGAAGCUAAAUAAAUUAUUCGAGUUUCUUGGAAAUGAGCUAUUUCAUUUUGAAAAGCGAGAAAUCGUGCUUGAUACUUGGAAAUUUAUUAGAAGCCAAAAAUUUCCUUUACUCCCCCCCCCCCCCUCCGUGAGCGAACAAAAAAAUUUUGUUCGCUCACGGAGGGGGGUUAAUUUUUUUUUUUAAAAACAAUUUAUAUAUAAAUUUUAUAAAAAAUAUUUUUUUUCGAAAUUUAAAAAAAAUCCUAAUUUGCAAAAAUUUGGGAAGCAAAUAUUAAUUUAAUUUUGCAAAAUUUAUGUUUUAAACGCAAUUUGUUUAAAAUUAAACAGAAUUAGCUCUAGAUUUCAUUAUACUAAUUAUCACUUAUAUAUCAAAAUUUUUUUCCAUUAAAAUUUUUUUCUAUUAAAAAAAUUUUUGUUCACUCACGGAGGGUGGGUUUUUGGUCAAAAAAUGGCGAUUUUUCUAAUGGUUUUGUUCGCUCACGGAGGGGGGGGGGGAGUUAGUUAAUGCAUUUGCAAAAGAAGAUUCAGGAGUUUAUAUGCUUAAGCAGGCGAGAAAUAUAGCAUUAAAUGCUAAUGAAGAAUUGAUCCCUACGAAGAUGGAGGAUUAUAGGAGAGAAAUAUUUGACACCUUAUCAAGUUAUAAAAACCCUGAAUUUAUGGUAUAA